CUUUAUUCUUUAGUCUAAACCUUCCAACUUUCUUGCCGAGUCGUUCUCUCUCUCCCAUGAUCAUAUUUUCUCUCUCUAUUCCAUCAAGAAUAUAUGGCCACAAGAGUUGGACUCUCCAUUGAUCCACAGAUCAUCAGAGAAAAACCCACUUCCAAAACCAUCUCAAACUCCACCAGAUUUCUAGAUUUUUCCCGCCGGCCAUGGACUCUCCGGUCAACUCGCCUCCCAUCACCACCAUCCAGUUCCCGGUCGCCUCCGAGGAUCACGGGAAGAGGAAGGUUCUCGACGAGGUGGACUUCUUCGCCAACAAGAGCGAGGGCGGUCGCGAUGGCUAUGAUGAGGAGAAUGGGAUGGACCACUUCAAAGGAGGGUGUGAUCAUCGUUUGGAUUUUAAAGUUAAUACCGGUUUGCAUCUUCUUACGUCAGCGAACACGGGGAGUGAUGAGUCUGGAGUCGAGGACGGAAGGCCCUCGAUUCCGAAGAGAAAAAGAGAAAAUAUGGAGGUGGCAUUUCUUCAAGCUGAAAUGGAGAAGAUGAUUUCAGAGAAUAUUCGUUUGAAGGGGUUGUUGGAUGAAAUAAAAAACAGCUAUAACGGUUUGCAGAUGGAGGCGCUGACAAUGAUGCAUAAUCAUGAAGCAGAGGAAAAGAAAAAUGGGGUUGUAACGCCUAGACAAUUCUUGGAUCCCGGUUUCGGGGGUAACGAGGAGAGUUCGUUGUCCCCACCCGAGGGGCACAUUGACCGGGACAUGCCUGUUGCCCAUGACAAAGAUGUCGUGGGCAGAGAGGAACAAGGUCCGGAGAGCAAGGCUCAGAAGCUUGCACACUCUCCGAGAAGUGUUGAUCAAGCCGAGGCUACCAUGAGGAAGGCCCGUGUCUCGGUCCGUGCUAGGUCCGAGGCUGCCAUGAUCAAUGACGGAUGCCAAUGGCGCAAGUACGGACAAAAAUUGGCUAAGGGUAACCCUUGCCCUCGUGCAUACUAUCGUUGCACGAUGGUAACGGGCUGCCCUGUCCGAAAACAGGUCCAACGAUGUGCUGAUGACACGACCAUCCUGAUAACGACCUACGAGGGCAACCACAACCAUCCGUUGCCCCCGGCCGCCAUGGCCAUGGCGUCAACCACUUCCUCGGCCGCAAGAAUGCUCCUCUCCGGCUCGAUGCCGAGCGCCGACGGCAUAAUGAACUCGAAUUUCCUAGCUAGAACCCUCCUCCCAUGCUCCUCAAGCAUGGCCACCAUCUCCGCCUCCGCCCCAUUCCCAACCAUCACAUUAGACCUAACACAAUCCCCAAACCCUCUCCAAAUCCCCAAACCCUCCAACCAAUUUCCCCUCUCCUUCCUCAAUUCGCCCCAAAACAUGGCGGCCAGCGGCAGAUCCGCCGCGGCCGCCCUUAUAUUCGGCCAAGCAUUGUACAACCAGUCCAAAUUAUCAUCGGCGCCGGAGCUAAGCCAAGGGGCGGCCCAUGACCAUAUGUUGCCGUCGUCGUCGAUGCAUCAGCAUAAUCAAUUGAGUGAAACCGCAAAUGCUAUAGCAGCGGACCCGAACUUCACGGUGGCGCUAGCCGCGGCGAUUUCCUCGCUCAUUGGCCCCGGGGGGCCGAGCUCGAGUAACGGUAGCGCCAUCAAUAACAAUAACAAUGACGACAACAACAACAACAACUAUGGAAACGGCAAUGUCACCAGCAGUAAUAACAGUGGCGAUGGCAACAAUAAUCUAAACAGCUCGGGGUUUCGAGUCAACUUAUGAUCAUCGGCCAAAGUAAACCCUCAUUUCCAUCACGAUUAGUCUCUUUCAAAAAAAAUUUUGUCUUACUUUCUCACAAAAAGGUUAAAAUUCAAAACAUUAGAUAUUGUGUUCUUAAUUUUGUCUCUUUUUUAGCUCUUGAAUAAUGUAAAAUAAUAAAAAAUGAAUAUACAGAAAAAAGUGAA